CAACCCGAACGCGGCGCUGAUACCAACAUGUGCAACGAUUUCCAGUGCCACCAGCCCCAGUUCGGCCAUUGCGACCAUCGCCGGAGGAGGAGAAGGAGGCAUCGGUGCCCUGGGUUCACCUUCGUCGGCCGUGGUCCCCGCCGGAGGCGCCCACCCCUCUUCGACGCUGCUCAGCCCGACGCUUCUCUCGCCGGGGACCAACACCGGGACGGCUUCGAUUGCCACCUCCCGGGAUGACGAGGACGAUUCCAGCAACCAGAUUUCGUCCGCUGGCAGCAAAAGCUCCGGGCAGCGGACCAAGUCGAACCAGCGAUGGAUGAAGCUCCGGACGACGGUGCAGAUCUCGUCAGCCAUGUCGGUCAAAAAGCCACCACUAAAACGAGAGGAUUCCUUCUUGAAGCGGUUUUCCACCCGACAGAUACCGGAGGCACAGGAAACAGUCGAAGACACCGGUUCGGAGGGUGCGACAGAUGCUGACAAAACCGCACGCCGCAGGCGGCGUCUGAAAAUCCCCAAAACGGUCGUCAACCCAGAUGAAAACUUCUACUUCUACUGGCUAAUGGUGGUCACCAUCGGCAUCCUGUACAACCUGUGGACGCUGAUUGUGCGGCAGAGCUUUCCGGAGCUGCAGACGAACGCUUCAAAGUUUUGGCUGAGCUGUGAUUGUUUAACCGAUGUGGUUUUUAUACUAGAUGUAGUUGUCCAGCUGCGGACUGGUUAUCUGGAGCAAGGAUUGAUGGUCUACGAUUCAAGGAAGCUGGCGGGCCACUACCUUCACUCGAGUGAAUUUUUACUAGACCUAGCAACUUUAGUACCUUUAGAUAUCUUACAAAUUCGUCUCGGUACACAACCUCUGCUACGAUUUCCUCGGUUUUUCAAGGUUUAUCGUGCAAUAAAGUAUUACUACAUCGUCGAGAGCCGUACGGUUUGGCCCAAUCUGUGGCGGGUCGUAAAUUUGAUUCACAUACUGCUCAUCCUGGCGCACUGGUUCGGGUGCUUCUACUUUCUGCUCUCCGAAGCGGAAGGAUUUCAGGGAGACUGGGUCUAUCCGUACCGGCCGGGAGACUACGCAACGCUCACCAGGAAGUACCUCGGCAGCCUUUACUGGUCGACUCUGACGCUGACCACGAUAGGAGAUUUGCCCACACCGGAGACCAAUGCAGAGUACGUCUUCACGAUUGUUAGCUACCUGAUAGGUGUUUUCAUCUUUGCCACCAUCGUCGGUCAGGUGGGCAACGUGAUAACGAAUCGUAAUGCCAACCGGCUGGAGUUCGAACGACUGCUGGACGGUGCCAAAACGUACAUGCGACAUCACAAGGUCCCCGGUGGAAUGAAGCGUCGCGUUUUGCGGUGGUACGACUACAGCUGGUCCCGUGGUCGGAUACAGGGCGGUGGCGACAUCAAUACGGCACUCGGUCUGCUUCCGGACAAGCUGAAAACCGAACUGGCGCUGCACGUGAACCUGAGUGUGCUCAAAAAGGUAACAAUUUUCCAGGAGUGCCAGCCAGAGUUUCUGCACGAUCUGGUGCUCAAGAUGAAGGCCUACAUCUUCACGCCGGGGGACUCGAUCUGCCGGAAGGGCGAAGUGGCCCGCGAAAUGUUCAUCAUCGCCGACGGAAUUCUGGAGGUGCUGAGCGAGACGGGAAAGGUGCUAACCACGAUGAAGGCGGGCGAUUUCUUCGGUGAAAUCGGAAUACUAAAUCUGGACGGGUUGAACAAGCGAACGGCCGACGUCCGCUCGGUGGGCUACUCGGAGUUGUUCUCGCUGUCCCGGGAGGACGUCCUGACGGCGAUGAAGGACUACCCGGAAGCACAAGAGAUCCUCCAGACGCUGGGACGCAAAAGACUGAUGGAGGUGCGCUGCGUGAACAAGAAGCACGCCAGCAAACAUGCCGCCAAAGAACACCACGGCAGUGAUCAUAGCUCAAACGUACACAACACACACAGCAACAUUAACAACAAUAACCAAGGUGAUAGUAGUGAUAAUAGUGCCUCAAAACGUAUCGUAGAUAAGCUAAGAAGUGAUGUUAAGGGAUUGAAGAACGCGCUGCGAAAGUCGAGAACGGGAACUACUAGACGUAGCAACGAAUCGAUCGAGAUGCAGCCAUUGCAAGGCAAUGCCAGUGGCGGCAGCGGAAGUGGGAGUAAAACACCCAAAACGGCGCUCCGAAGGAUGGCGAGGGUCAAAUCGGAAGACAUCCACACGGAGGACGAGGGCAAGGAAAACGACAAAGUGCCAAGUCCCAUUGGUGCCGGGCUUCCACUGCUGCAACGACUGCGGCUCCUCAAGGAGAAACAAGACCGCGAAGAGCGUGCCGCGAAAGCGUCCUCUUGUGCCGCGGCCGCGACUGCCAUCUCCACAACCACCACAACUACAACCGCACAAAUAAUCUCACCGCCGCAUACUCACGUAACCUCUGCCAUAUCACCGCAGGAAUCGAUACAGGAGGAACCGGAACCGGAAGUGAUUGGGGCCGGUUUGCCCCUGUUCCAGCGGUUGCGGAUGCUCAAGGCCAAGGAGGAACGCCUGGCCAAGGAAGCGCAAGCGAAGCUUCAAGUGACAUCGAAUCAAACAUCCAGCUCGCCUUCGCUGAUCCAGAGCCUGAGUCCAACGUCACCGACUCAGUUGAAGGCACCACCAAGCCCUAUUCUGCACACACCGGGGACGUCCGGCCACCAUCAUCAUCAUGGGCGAGGUUCAAUGCGAGUGUCGUUCAAAGACCGACUCAAGAGUAUGCAGCGACAAGAAUCCAAGGCAGAAACCCGGACAACUCCUGCCAUUCCUGAGGCCUCUGACAUGAAUCAACACCUACUGGCCAGUGGACCCGUCAAACCCAGCAAACCUUCGGCAGCGCAAGCGCUCAAGGACAAAAUUCGAUCCUUUGGUCACUUGCAGCGGACCGAUGAUCAUCUGAAACCGUGGUCGAAGCUUAAGUUAGCAACUGUAGUUAGCGUAGGGGGAAGUUAUUCCAGUUUGAACAAUAGUCUGAACGAAGAUUCUCCGAUUCUCGAACCUGCCAAAAAGGCAGGCCGUCAUAAAACAUCAAUGCCGGCUGACUUGAACCUGAACUCGCUGGUUUCCACAGCCCCUCCACCGAUCUCUUCCGCACCUCCGACGACCACGUCCAGCAAGCCAAUGUUUCAACCACCGAGCAAAGUGUUCAGCCGUAGUACGUAUAUUGAGAAGGCAUGCGUGAGUGAUAGUGAAGUAGUAAGCAAGAAGCAACCCCCACCUCCACCUGCACGUGUACGAAUGAAACCCAAACCGAUCAAACUGAUCUCCGAACCCAACAGCUACAAAAGCUACGUGUCCAUAGACGACCUCUCGCCUGAAUAUAGCGGCCUUCCGUUUGUCAAGCGCCUCAAAAUAUUAAACGAACGCCAAAGGCUAGCCCAACUCGAGGCGGCCAUGCAAACCCGUAGCCUUAGUCUAGAUUGUACAGAUUCCAACAGCAGCAACGCCGGAUACGAACCCGCAGAGCAGCUGUCUCGUAGCAGGAGCGAAGGUUCCGGUAUAGGACCAGCUCGUUCGAAGAGUGCCUCCCCACCAACAUCUACCAGCCGUGCAACCCCGCUUAGUCCAGAGUCGAACGAAACGCCCGAAAGGCGUCAACUCAAGAGCAUUCUCAAAAAGUUGUCCGAAGACAAGCUGGCCCUCGACCAACGGCAGGGUAUUCAAAACCGAGACCUGAAGAAGCUGAUGCGAGCCCAAACGGUCGAAGGGUACGUUGCUAGACAUAGCAAAUUUAUGAAGAGCGUUACCUUCAAUAGAGACACACUCUCUAGUCCUCCAACCAGCGCUAACGUUUGUGAAUCUAUUGAAGAACGUACUCUUUUUCCCAUCCCUAGCGCACAAAGUACCACUACGACGACUACCACCGCCACUACGAACUCUACCAGCGACGAAAGUUCGGUAGCUACCGUGGCAGAGAACGUCAACUUCACCGCACACGAUCCCCACCUACCUCUGGCACCCGCCGUUCCUAUCUCUGUUGAGAAUGAUCUGCAGGCUGAAGACGAUCAACAUGCGCUGGUCGUCAGCAAUAACGGGUACUACGAUCCCUCGGUCGAUCCACGGUACAUCACCAAUGGCGAUCCGCACCAUCAGCUCAUCGACGAUUCACCCUCGAAAGGCUCGCUUUCGGCGUUCGGAGGGCAGAGGAAAAUCAUCAAAGGAUCGCUGGAAGAACAGGAAUUUUUCGGCGAGGUUCUGCUCGGAAUCAAACAAGUCAUCCAGACGCAUAUGAAGGAGAUUCAGGUUAAGUUUCAGGACAAGUUUUUCAACCUGGAGCUAGAGGUCAAGAAACGGGACGACAUCAUAUCAAAGCUGCAAAACCGGAUCCAGGAGCUGGAACAUCAUGAUCCGCAGCAGCUUCCAGAGGGAGAUGAUGGGGCUCUGCGGUCCAUGCAGACUCAACAGAAGCAAGGUUCUUCUGGUAGCGGUACGUCUAGGUCCUCUGACGAGCUGCCGUUUAUGCGGGGCGAUUCGCUGGAUACGAUAUUUGCUUCAUCACCACACUCGGACUCGGACAGCCCUCGCAGCCAGAAGGUCAGCCGAAACCGAAAACCUCGAAAUUCACCUCGGCACCGGCCUCUGCGAAGUCGACCUCCUAACUGGGGCGAGAGCACCGAUCAGGAAAGCUUCGAACGAGGCGGCUCACCUCCGACGACAGCUUUGCCACCUCCACCACUCACUUCCUCGGUUUCAUCUACUGCUGCUGGCACCAUUCCUCCACCGGUCCCACCACGCCGCAUGUCUUCCUCGUCUGGAGUCGGCAGUACAGACCCACGAAUCCGCGGACCUUACCGGGAUAUAGUGAUAUCGGAACUCACGGGGAACAUCGUGUCGGACAGUGUGAUCGUCAGUAUUGAAACCAGCUCUGGCUCGGAACAGUCGCAGUCGGAGAAUGACAAUAACUACGAAGAAGAGGAGGGAGAGGAAGAGGAAACCAUUGGUGAGUGCGAUGGGGAAGAAGAGGCUGAAGAAGAAGAGGAGGAUGAUGAGUUCUUGAGCGAGUCGGGAAGGUUAGUGGAGAAUCGAGGCAGCCGAAGUAGUGAUGAUGAGUUUGAGGAUGACUUCGAUGACGAUGAUGAGGAAGAGGAAGAGAUGCAUCACAACGAUUGGGAAGUGAGAAUGCUGGCUGCUGAGUUGCAGAAGCGAGAGAGCGUCAGUACCGACUUUCCUAGCGACCUGGAAGAGAGUGAUGGAUUGUUGAGAAGGCGGCGGAAACGCAGCGAGACGGAUACGGAGGGAAGUGGAGCGGAACUGGAAGUUCUCAGAAGGCCAAGGGCUUCGAGUUUAGAUCAGCACAAUCUACGGCGAGGUAUGAGUAUGAGUGUGGGCAGCAGUAGUGGGGCCAGCGGAAGUAGACGACGCGGUUCGGUCUUCAAGGCAAUGAGUUUCGACCGGGAUAAAGAUCGUCUCUGAGAAUUAAGGCUCAGAUGUGAUGUGUGCAUGUUCACCAGUAUCACCAAUGUGAUUAUAAUCGAGUGGAGCAACAGGUAGGGCAAGGGACCCAUGGGCAGUGGCAGAGGAAACCAAGAUACAAGUACGACCAACGCGAAAACGCACUAUAAUAAAGUUAAUAGAGAGAAGUAGACGCCAUCCAAUAGCGAAAGUGAAAACAAACUACAAGUUAAUGAAACUAGUUUCAAACUACAUAUAUACGAUUAAGUUCAUCAGAGCCUAUGCGAGUAAAAGUUUUAGGGAAUAGCCACAACCAAAAAACUAUAACUGUAGGGAGAUUUACGAUAGACAUUUUGUUAAAACUCAAGGGUGAACAGGCUUUACGGUUAUGAUUGAAAAGAUUCAGAUUUUAUCGCACGUUUUGCACACACACAGCUGAUUAGAUGAUUAGUGGGGAAAGGUAGUGUUUAGUUAAUUUGUUACAAAUCAAGUAAUUUUCAUAUUUAUCAAUCAAACAUUGAACCGUUACCUUUGUUCGCAAGUCCUGAAGGAGAAACUAGACGAAUAAGCACCAAAUAAUACAAGUAAAGUUCCAAAGGAAAAUGAGGUAGAAACAAGUUUGUUGAGAAACAAAAUAAAAUUUAAUUUACUAUGCGCAUGUUUGUGAGAGGGGAAAAUAAUGACAGUAAUAAAAUGAUAACUGUGUGAUUAGGUGUGAGGAAUAAGAAUGGUGAAAGUAUCUGAUUGCUUUGAAAUAUUGUUGUAAUCCAAAUGCUAAUACUGAGGUAAUUUUAAAAAGCUUUCUUUUUUAUUUCCACUACCUUCAAUAGAUAACAAUCAAACUCUGUUUUGAGUAUUUAUAAUGUUCGAUUUCUAUCAUCUGUUGAACAAAACGAACACAUGUUUCAAUCGAUUGGACAUCACUGGAAUCAAAACCCAAAUAGAGUAUAGCAACCGUUCAAUAACUGGACGCUCAUUGAAAUGAUUAAAAAUUGAAGCCAAUCCUCAAACUUUCAGGAGCACAAAUUUGGAGAACCAGACAAACGUUUACAAUGAAAAUUCGAUUGGUCGCAACCAAGCCUAAUAACAGUCCUCAAUAUUACCAGAGUUCAGAAGUGAAAAAAUGCUAAGCAGAGAGGCAAAUGAAAAAAAAGGCGAAGAUGAUGCAAUAUAUAAUACUAUGGAGGAAAAUUCCAUCAAAAAAAAGAGUGCCAUUAUAACUCUGCGAUGCCUGUUUUGUUCAGCCGGGUCACUCGAAAGGGGUGUGUGGUACUUUUUUCCGCUCGGUGGAAUAGUUUGGCCUUUUGACUGAUCGGCCAUUUUGGAUCCGCUGUAGCACGAAAAUUAAAAUGUGACUACUCGUCGCAAACUUCGUCGAAAGAAUGAAUCCGUAUAAAAAUGUUCUUUGAUUCAAACCCUUUGUCAGCACCAAUACUCAGAUAUACAACCUCUAAACCAUACUCAUACACAUGAGUUUCCACACCCCUCUCAGUUGUAUCGCACACACACUUUUGAAAUUUUUAUUUAAUGCAUGUUAUACCAAUACUCAUACAUUUGCUGCUGUGGGCGAGAAUCAUACUUUGAUCUCUGAAGCGUUUUGCAAACGCUUCAAAGCUCCUUGUGAUUUCAUAGUACCUUGAUUAGUCUAUCUUGAUCCACUCAUACACAGACUACCCAUCUGUCAAAUUGAAAGUGACAGAAAAAUGCAAUCUGAAUGCAUAAUGCAUAAUAAUGCAUAAGAAAUUUUCUUUGCUGUUUAUAGGAGGAUAAACUCAUGGUGAGUAUCUUUAAUUGUUUAUUUAAUCUUUUCUUUUCCAGGACUACUCUACCACAUUCGCUCUCGCCUGUACUCUUAAGCUAAUCAAAGACAGCAUAGAGAAAUUUAUCGUCAAAGCGCGCUGGUUUCUUCACCUUCGAGCGAUCUCGCAGGACUUUUUCCGAAGGAGUUUCUUGAUUGGAUGACGGCACGGAAAUUGGUGAAUCUCUUCCGGCAUCGAGUGAUGAAUUACCUGGUACCUGCCGGCUGCUCAAUAUUACGUUCCGGUGGUGCUAAUUUCACGUCCUGUACGUUCCUGGUGUACUGGAGACCGCUGCGACUGAGGACUACUAUUUUUGCACC